GCUCGGUGAAAGUGGAUGCACUCUCUCUUUCCUGAGGGGAUCGAACACCAAAAAGACAAAAAAAAAUAGUGCAUCGCAGCACCACUCUGGUGAUUGUCGCAAUCCCCGAGGAUUCGCGUACUAUUUUUACUGUCCCGUGUCAAAGUCAAGUGCGCAGUUUGUAUCGGUCGUCUCGUGGCCUUAGGUCGAUUAGCCACUAAGCUGGGAGCUUGUGGGAUGAAAAUUUUCUGAAACCCCCUUCUCUUCCUUGGUAUCGAGCAACAUUUCAGAAGAACUAUGGAUUUUUGUCCCAACGAACUUCGCAUUCGUAGCAGUAGGCUUUGAACCUUCUACGGGGUUUUCUGUUGUGAAAAAAUAGACUCCAUCAUCCGGUGUGUUGUGAAAGUGUCAAACCGUUCCGGCCGUUGAUCGACUGCAAGGACUACUAGAUCAGCCGUUUCCGCCGCGUUAGAGCUUGUAGUUUUCAAGUUCAUGCAUCCCUUAUAUAACCGGCUAGUAAAAGUUGGAAAAACCAUUCGUGCCAGUUUUGUGUAUUGUGCAAAAAUGUUCAAGAAAAAAUAAACUGUUUACCUACUACCUGAAGCUAAACCCCUCUUUGUGUUCGAUAGUUCGACGAUUUUCACCGAUAGUUGGUGCCGAUCAUCACAGAAGAAGACAAUCAAUUCGACCGUGAUAUAGUUCAAUCCUGGUAGGCGUUGUUGGAAAGGGUUUGCCGCCCAUAUUGUUUUUUUUUUCGAAUCGUCAAUCGAUCCGAUCCCGGUAGAGCAAACACAAGCAAAAACAACUACAGAUAGUUUAAAAAUCAUCUCUCAUCAUCAGUUCGACCCCGCCUACUAAGAACGGAACAAACCAGCUGGUCGAGCAGCGGCUACUGUGAUGGGCCUGGACUUCACCGAGGCAGGGAGCGGAGACUUCGAGAAUGCGCUGGUCCUGAGCGGAUUCGGAAAGUUCCACUACCGCCUUCUAACGGUCUGUGGGCUGAUCUAUGCGAACACCGCCGUCGGCAUUACGAUCAUCUCCUUCGUCCUACCGUCGGCGACGUGUGACUUCAACAUGGAAUCCAAGGACAAGGGCUGGCUCACGGGAGCACCGAUGCUUGGAAUGGUCAUCGGGUCCUAUUUCUGGGGUUGUCUGGCGGACACCAAGGGACGCCGAGUGGUUCUCAUCGCGGCCCACCUGCUGGACGGUAUCAUCGGCCUGCUGUCGUCGGUGACGCCCAACUUUUUCGUCUUCAUGGCCCUCCGCUUCAUCAAUGGAUUUGCAAUAACUGGAGCUAUGGGAAUCUGCUUCCCCUAUCUGGGUGAAUUUCAACCGACAAAAUACCGAGAAAAGGUUCUCUGCUGGAUGGAACUGUUUUGGACGGUCGGAAUCAUCCUGCUACCGCUAAUAGCUUGGGCCAUCAUCCCGCUCAAGUUCCACGUCAAUUUCGAAUGGGUUCGAACAGAUGUGACGCUGUCCUGGAUGUUUAGUAGCUGGAACUUGUUUGUCGCUUUCUGUGCCUUGCCCAGCAUAAUUCUAGGCGUGACCUUGUUUUGGUUCCCGGAAAGUCCAAAGUUCCUGAUCGAAUGUGGUGAAACUGAGGCCGCACUCGAGAUCAUUCAAGAUAUUUAUGUAGCCAACUCCGGUCGACUUCGAUCGGAAUAUCCGAUAAAAACCCUGCAGAAAAGCGAAAAAUUGCACGCAGUUAUGGAGAAACACAACCGCUCCAUCCGGACACUCAACAUUAGAAACAGCAAACAUCUCAAGAUUCUGAUAACCGAGAUCCUGGACCAAACGAAGGCCCUCUGCAAGCCGCCACAUCUGAAAAACACCACAAUCGCCUGUUUGAUCCAGUUCGGCAUAACCAGUAGCUACUACACGUUGAUGAUGUGGUUUCCGGAGCUGUUUAAUCGGUUCGAAAAGUUCGAGACCCAGUACCCGAAUACGCCGGCCUCGGUGUGUGACAUUUCCGAAAUGAAAUUGGAAAACAGAACCAUCAGCGAGUUGCCCUGCAUCGAUGCCGAUAUCGAUCCGUACGUGUACCUUCACACGGUUAUCGUUGGGUUGGCCUGUAUUCCGACCAGUUUUUGGCUUCCGCUUUGCGUUCAUCGACUGGGAGCCAAGUUUUUCCUCAUUUUCAGCCUCCUGGUAGCCGGUGCCGCGGCCUUUGGGCUUUACUUUGUGAACAACUCGCUUCAGAACCUGAUCCUGUCGUGCAUCUUUGAAGCGCUCACCUCGAUGGGUAUCAGCACCGUGUACUGCGUGCUGGUGGAUCUGUUUCCCACCAAUUUGAGAGUGAUGGCAGCCGCCUUAUCACUCACCUUUGGUCGGGGUGGAGCUCUGUUUGGAAAUUUAAUUUUCGGCUAUCUAAUCACACUCAAGUGCUGGAUACCGAUAGUUCUUUUCUCAGUCCUCCUAUUCUUAAGUGGAAUAUUAUGCUUCUUCCUACCAAGUACAGGUAGAGAAGCCCUCAACUGAUAGAUGCUCUCUCAUCGAAGCUCUUGUUUUGUUUUGUCGUCCUCCUCGUAAAAAAAAACUAUGUUACUUUAGCGUGCGUAGAGUCGUCGUUGUUAGAAAGAAAGAGUUUAAGAUAGCAAAAAUGUGAUAAAAUGUGUCCCAAUCAAGAAGACAAAUAUCAAAAGCAAAGGAUAGUUUCUCUGAAAUGGAACCAGUCAAAAAACACACAAAAAUGUUAACUAGUUGUAAGAGCUGUAAGAGUAAAGCAAAAAAAAAAACACUAAUAAAACUUUUUAAGUAACUUAAACAA